UCUGAACCUGUAACCUUUGACUUAAUARAAGAGGAGCAAAUWUAUUCAACUUCACCAUAACCCCUGUUUUUGGUAAAACUAGUAUCAAAUUCGAAAUUUCAACUAUUGAUAUCACACACAUCUAAAAAUAUCCUAAAAUCUAUGGCGAUCCUAUUUUUAAAACUUGCUUGAAAUGUUCCGGAAAUCUCCGUACACGAAUGGAACAUCGUAUUACAUCAGCCGCGCCUCAGUAAUUACCCAGUUAUUUGGCGAUUUCUGCCAGAACGUUGAGUAUUUUUUGUACAGUUUCGAACAAUACACGGUCGACACUGUGGAGCACUUAAUUGUAGGGUUACUUUGUUACGUACUACUAUGUGGGUUAUUGUACCUAUGUAUAACUCAGUUGGGACUGUUCGGUUUCACUCGAGAUUUCAGAAAUGCAAAGAGAAUAUUAUUUGUUACUGCCCACCCAGAUGACGAAGUCAUGUUUUUUGGGCCUACAAUUUUGCAUUACACCCAGAAAAAAAAUUGUAUGGUUUUCCUGAUGUGUUUGUCUUCAGGCAAAAACUAUGGUAUGGACAAAGUGAGAACCAGUGAGCUGUAUGAAUCUUGUAAACUACUAGGCAUAAAACAGGAAAACGUUUUUGUACAUAGUAACAGCGAUCUUCCAGAUGCAAUGGAUGUGAGAUGGCCAUUAGAGAUUAUUUCAAAACACAUUAUCUAUCUUGUGGAGGCAUUCAAUAUUACCAAUGUCAUAACGUUUGACAGGAAUGGUGUCUCUGGCCACCAGAAUCACUGUAGUAUUUACUAUGCUCUGGCAAAUUUGAUUAUCGAUAACGAAUUACCAAAAGCUUGUGGUGUUUUUGUACUGGAAUCCGUAAAUAGGCUCCGAAAGUACUGGCUACUUUUAGACAUACCCAUAUCGUUUAUUAUGUCACGAUUCAGGUAUAUGGAGGGUUUGUCACAAAGAAGCCUCUUGCAUAAAGCCAUGUGCCAACACAAGUCUCAAAUGAUGUGGUUUCGGAAAUUAUACAUGGUUUUUUCUAGAUACAUGCUAAUCAAUACAUUACAACAGCUGAAUAUGGUCGAUAUUGAGUUAGAUUUGCUAGAUUUGGAUGAAUGAGGAAUAUUUUUAUAAAAGCAGUGCAAACAUUUCAACAGUUUUAAUUUUGAGAGAUGAGAAGUCGAUUUCUAACAUAAACUUGUGCGAUUAUCUAUUGAGCUUAUGAUAAUGUAAUAUUCGAUUCUGUUCUUCCACAUAUCACGCAUUCUCUAAGUCAAAGAAAUUGUUAAGUGCCAAUAAAUUAUUAUGUUACCAGUUGUCGUAGUUACAAACACAUUGCUGUAUUAAUAUCAAUUUGAAAAAUGCAAUAAAUAUAUUACUAAACUA